GAUUUGGUUUCCAUAACAACCAGCUCCAAACAUGCCUGCGCUGUGCAAGAUGUGGCUGGAAGCUUAUCCCUUGUCCCUGCUUGCCCUGAAGCAACACUGCAAGCGUCUGUAUUUUUAAAACCAUAGCUACCCACUUAUUUGCACUGUCAUUGAAGGGGGAGCAUUUUAUAAAUCCUGUCCCUGCAUCAGUGACCGAGCUAGAGGCCAUCUUGGAUGUGAGAAUUUUGUCCUGAGUUUUGGAGCACUUCAGAUACCAGGAGGAAAUGCCAUCUAAGUACUUCCAAGAACGCGACAAACGGAGGUUCUCCGAUUCCCUUAACAGCCAGCGCUGGAGAUUCUUGAAAAGGGGCCUGGAUGAUUUCAGGAGUGGUUUCCCACCGCCUACGGGCAACAUCAUCCUUUGUGGCACAAAGGGGCCUGCACCAAUUGUGCUGGGUAAUCUCACAUCUGAUGCUACACGCAUGGCCCGGAACAAGGGAAGGAAAAAAUGCACCAAAAUCCAAGUCAGCCCUUCAAAGCUCAGUCCGUUGCAGAAAGCCAGGAGAGAUCUCAUUGCACAGACAGAAUACUGCCUGAGCCAACACCCUCUAGCUCUCUACCCUCAUCUGGAAGACAGUGUCCCUCCAGAGCUUUUCGAGGAGGUUGUGGCCAUUCUGGACCCUGAGAUGCACGUGAAUAAUGAAGCUGGAUACAAGGACUGUGACGGGGAGAGCCACACUCCUCAGAAACUUCAGCCCCAGCAGGAGGAGGAAAGGGAAAGUAAAGAAAUGUCUUCCAAGCCAUCAGCACUCAGCAAGAAGGCCAAAGGCAAGAAUGCACAGUACACCUACCUGUCCAAGAAAGAGGUAGCAGCAAGAGAAAAGAAAGCCAGUCUGAGCUACAGUCCUCUGCUAGAUGAAAAUGUAAGGCGAGUGACUAAGGAGUUUUGUGACUGGGUGGCUUCUCUGGAAGGCGAAAAAUACAAGGUAGACGAAGCCACCAUUCUGAGCUUGUUUGACACUAGAUAUGAAAGCAAGCCAGUGCUUUCUGUGCCCAUCCAUGUUGUGGAACUACACAAUGUACCAGCAGAACUGAGAAAGUAUGUGAGUGUUUCACCUCCAUCGACUGCUGUCAAGAGUCCUCUUCACACCAGAUGCCACCCAUGCCUUGCCAAGGACCCAUCCCAACCAAAACGGGAGAAGAUCAGAUAUGGCGCCUGGUACCUUGAACCAAAAACAUGGAGAAAACAAAGAGCAAAUGAACCUUUAGAGGAUCCAAAUGCAACAGUUGAUACCUUUCAGAUUUUAAGGAACCAGCUUAGUGCAAAGGAUGCAGAAUUCAUGCAGCUCCAUGGAACACGGGCUUUUCAGGAAUUCCUCGAAAGGAAAGGCUACCGGAAGCCUGCAUUUCUUCUGCAGAUGCUGGCUGCCCAGGAUGCUAACAGAGCACAAGAGUGGACUUCAAAGGGCUUCAAGAAAGAAUCUCUGAAGAAACCUGAAGGGAUCAGAGAAGGUUCUUCCUCCACAAUUGUUAAUUAACACAGACCUUAUUCACAGGAAACACAAGUACUAGUGAAACUGCUCCAGGAAGCUCCAAUAAUAGUAAUCUCAAAGAGAGUUUGAUUGUUUCCUUUUUUUAGAAAAUGUUAUAGUCAAAUAUAGUUUAAAGAGAACUACUCGAAUUAAUAAAUUCAAGACAUAUGCCAGCUGUCCUGGCUGCUCAUCCAUUGUAAAGGCUGGCUGGGACACUCUGUUACAUUCUAGGGUAUGUCUUCCUGAGGAAUCCCGAAA